AAGGACAUACAAAUUAAAACGAAGCGAAGCAAAGAAACUGAAAAACAGUGAAGACAUCAAGACAAUCAUCACACUGUAGCUCACGCGCCUCUUCUUCCCUCUCACGUAACCGUUCCGUCUCCGACGAACUCAAUCCUCAACUUCCAGUCUUCCACCACCGCCACCUCUUCCGCCUGCGAUCGCCACCGUGCUCCGGCGAAUCCACGCUCCUCGCAAACCGUGAAGGCAAGGCACUUGAACAUCUGAAUUGUUGGUACAAAAUGGUUUCCUUUGAGAUGAAUGAUCGCAAGAAGAUUGGAUUGGGAUUAACGGGCUUUGGUAUAUUUUUCUCAUUCCUUGGCGUUAUAUUCUUCUUCGACAAGGGAUUGCUUGCAAUGGGAAAUAUCCUCUUUAUUUCUGGAGUAUCUGUCACCAUUGGACUGAAAUCCACCAUGCAAUUCUUCAUGAAACCUAGUAAUUUCAAGGGAACAAUUUCAUUCGGUAUUGGAUUCUUGAUUCUUAUCAUGGGUUGGCCUAUUCUGGGCAUGAUUGGGGAGUCUUAUGGGUUCAUUGUACUCUUCAGUGGUUUCUGGCCCACAGUGGCUGUUUUCUUGCAGAAAAUUCCAGUUCUUGGUUGGUUGUUUCAACAGCCAUAUGUUCGAUCAUUGCUUGACCGCUAUAGAGGCAAACGGGUGCCUGUGUAAUCACAAGGAUCUGUGGAAACAUUGCAAGAUCAUAUGUAAAGCCCAUGUAAAGAAAAUACUCGCAUAACUCUGAAUUGAGUUCUCAAUUUGAUGGUAGAACGUUGUCAUGAUAGUCCUUUAAAUCGAAGGAAAAUGGAAAGGAAGGAAAAAGGUUUUGGUUUUUAUUUACAACUUUGUUUAGCCCUGUUUCAAUGUUCAUGCUUCUGGAAAAUCAAUUGAUCAUCGGAGUUCUGCUACUUCAUCUACGUUACUAUUCUAAUCAGACAGACAUCUAUGGUAAAUAUCUGUACUCGGAGUAUCUUGGUGGCAUUUUGUUUACAACUCGUCAAAGGAAUAAAACAAUUAAAUGAUAUCAAAUGGAGUUAGUACAGUAAUACUAAUAUGGGACAUUAUUUUUUA